UUGAGAAGAUGGCGAAGAAGAACGCUGGAGAUUCAGUUACUGAGGAACCAGUUGAAAUAGUUGCUGAAGAAGAGAAGUUGGAGGAAAACAUUGAAACAUCAGCUGCACCUAAGCUUAAGGACCCUAAAGGGAAAGCUGUCAAGAAUCGAGCAACACGAGCAAAAAGCACAGAAAUUCCUAAAACUAUACUUAAGCGCAAACAGGCGAUUAACUAUUGGCUUUUGGCUGCUCCUGCUGCGCUUGUAGUUCCGCUACUUCUUCUAGCAUUCUCACAUCUUCUCUAGGAUAAUAUGAAAGUUAAGAAGUAGAGGGGGAAAAACUUGGUAUUGCUUAGAGUGUUGCAAUAUCAAGGUCUAUUUUUUGUAAUCUCAAAUCAUGCCUAUUUUUUUCAGUCAUAAUGUUGCUGGUAGAUAAGGCAUAAGCAUGUUUGAUUUGG